UUAGGUAGAACUAGUUUGUUUUUCAGAAUGAAACCUAUUCGCGUAAAAAUGAAUGGUUUGCUUUAUUAACAAAAAUAGAAGUCCACUCUAAUUGACUGGUAUUGAGACAAAAACUGAACUUUUAUCAAAUACGGCAUGAUUCCCACGUUUAGCAUCUUAUUUUUGGCGAAGCGAAGACACUCAUGGGAUGUUGGACAACGAGUUUCAACUUCGGACACCUGAAAGCCCACUCCAAGGUGUCUUUUUACUUUACCAUGAUCCUGAUAUUCACUUAUUUAUUUUACUGCCUCACUGGAUACUGCGAUUCCAUGCCGAGUCCACUGUACGUCCAUCAAAGCUUUAAAAGCAAACUUUAUUCAAAGGAAGGGAAGAAACUUCAGCCGGACGCGCACUUGAACAUCUCCAUCGUCCGUGAACUCCCCGCGUCCGACGCGAAGGACUUGGAAGAUGAGAAACUGCAAAGAGGUUUAGAUUAUAACACGUACAACAAUCUUUCUGUAUCAAACAACUUUGGGACAAAAGAAUUUCCUCAGGCGAUUAUUAUCGGCGUGAAAAAGGGGGGAACGCGAGCGCUUCUGGAGUUCCUGCGCGUGCAUCCAGAUGUGAGAGCGGUGGGCGCAGAGCCGCACUUCUUCGACAGGUUCUAUGAUAAGGGUCUCCAAUGGUACAGGAACCUAAUGCCUCGAACCUUAGAAGGCCAGAUCACCAUGGAGAAGACCCCCAGCUACUUCAUCACACAUGAAGCCCCAAACCGCGUCUUUUCCAUGAGCCGUGCCACCAAACUCAUCGUGGUGGUCCGCGACCCCGUGACCCGAGCCGUAUCGGACUACACUCAGACUCUGACCAAAAACCCCGGUCUGCCAACUUUUCAGAACCUGGUCUUCAAAAACUCCAGCACCGGUUUGAUUGACACUUCCUGGAGCGCUGUUAGGAUCGGAAUCUAUGCUAAACACCUAGAGAACUGGCUCAAGUAUUUCCCGCUCUCCCAAUUUCUUUUCGUGAGCGGAGAGAAGCUCGUCACUGACCCCGCGGGAGAAAUGGGCCGGGUGCAGGACUUUUUGGGUCUGAAACGGGUGGUGACCAACAAGCACUUCUACUUCAACCAGACGAAAGGCUUCCCUUGCCUGAAAAAACCAGAAGGGAGUAGCAGACCACGAUGCUUGGGGAAAUCUAAAGGAAGACCUCAUCCACACAUGCCAUCGGAGGUGCUGCACAGACUCAGGGAAUUCUACAGACCUUUUAAUCUGAAGUUCUACCAAAUGACAGGACAAGACUUUGGCUGGGACUGAAGACUUCAAGGACAUUUUGUAAUAAUACAGUGGUUUCAACUCCAGACUUGGGAUAUGUUUUGAGUGCAUUAGCAAACUUAAUUCAGAACCACAGAAAAUUAUUUAAAGGGGUCAAAUGGCGUGAAUACGUGUUUUUCCUAGUCUUUGGUGUGUUAUAAAUUGCCCAUGCAUGUAUUAGACACGUAAUAUUGCAAAAAUGAAAGUGUCGGAACAAAAGAUGCAUUCUAUCUAAAAGCGAAUGCUCACCCAGACCUGCCUGAAACACCUCGUGUAACCACACCCCCACAAAUCUACGUCCGUUCGUGGUAUGAUUUGACUAAGACCGCCCAAAUGUAUACACAAGUAAGGUGGGCGUACCUGUCAGUACAAUUGCUCUGGAACCUGAUGUUCCACAUAUGGUAAGAGGCGUUACAUUUCCGUCACACACUUUCAGUAUUCGACCAAUCACAAUGCACUGGUUAACUGGCCAAUCAUAGCACAUCUUGCUUUUCAGAGCGAUGAGCUUUGUAAAAAAUCUGUGCGUUUCAGAGAGGCGGGGCAAAGAGGAGAUACAAACAUGCACGGUAUGUGGAAAAUACAGCUUUUUUUACCUUAAAUUGUGUAUACACAUUGCAUUACAUCUCACACCGUGUCUACACCGGAUGCGGCGCGGCGUGACAAGAGACAAUAGAACGCAUUAGAACCCAUUAUAAUUUUAAAUUUUGUCUACACCGGACGUGCUGCGACAAUCCCAUUAGAACAAACCGUGCAUCGCGCCGCGUCCAGUGUAGACACGGUGUAAAACAAACAAUAAUAUUUAUUUUAGCCGUAUCGUAUGUAGGGAUGCAACGAUUACAGAUUUUGUUGGUACGAUUAUAGUCUGAGGAAUAAUCACGGUUGCAUGAUUAUUAUGCAUACAUUAAUUUCUAAAUUUUUACUGGCCCUGACAAAAAUUCUACUUGCCCGCCACAAAAAGUAAUAAAUAAAUAAUAAUGUCUACUUAUUAGUUUGUUUUUUUACCUAUGCAAGCUUAAUAAAUAAGCUCAUAAUACCAUGAAACUAUUAGCCUAACUCUAAUAAUAAUAGUCAAUCAGUUAGUAAUAAAAUUAGAACAAAUGAUCAAAUUAUGAGGAAUAGCACAAAUAAAUGUAAUAAAGCAAACAAAUAAAAUUAACAGUGCUUUUUAGGUGUUUCAGGUUGGUCUAACUGUGGUUAUUAGGUACAGAAACUGAAUAAAGGAGUCAAAUGUGAAAUAACACUUCAUAGUCUUCACAGCAGUGGCGAUCGGUGCCUCCUCUUCAGGGGAAGCAGGACUUCAAAUUACGUUCAGCGCUUCACGUGAACCUAUGUGCAUCACGCAUCAUGUCAAAAUACGUGCCUGCUGCAGUGGCGUCGAAAGGGUUUAGGAUAAAAGAGACGCUCGCGUUCAUAAGACACUGCGUUAACACUAAACUCUCAAUACACAUGAGACUAAGCGAGUAUCUAAUAAACGCGAGCGUCUCUUUUAUUAAAAACCAUUUUGACGCGUCUGCAGCAGGCACGUAUUUUGAAAUGACGCGCCACACACAUGACGGGCUAAAUACAUGUUUUGCCGAGCUUCGCAUUACUGCUUCCCAGGAAGAGGAGUGACGGAUCGCCACUGCUUCACAGUAUACUGAAAUAUAGAUCAAACCAUAUUAAAGUUAUUAAAGUUGAUCAGUCAGGAGCAGUUUUGUCUUCGUUUUUUGUUGUUUGGUGAGCAUUAAAACAGAUUAUUUAUUAUUAUUUAUGCUGCUGUUCCUUUAAGAGCUAGCUAGCACGGAUCACAUGCUUUUUCUUCCCACACUGUUUUCGUUUACAAUAAACUAUAAUGGAUUUAUCAACGUGAUAUAGAGCCUAUUCGCUAAAUAAUAAGUUAAAUUGGUUCAACUUGCGUCAGGAGUAGACUUUGAAUUUGAGCUUGAGCUUGCGCAUACAGAAUGUCCGCAUCCUGUGAGCUGUCCUCGACGCGACGCCUCUUGUCCGGUGUGCUACUCCGUUAAUUUACAUGCCGCUUUGUUUGUUUACAUUGCACUGAAAGCCCAACUGUCACCGCUACGGCCUUGAUUAUGAAUGUACUUGUAAGAUUGGCUGUUUGGUCUCUCUGCCAUAGUUAAUUAGUGUGUGUCCUAGCCUCAGUGUCUCCUUCAGCUGGUGCACCGCUGGUGUAACUUUGUUUUCAUUUUGUGCAAGUUGCAACGAUUCCGUUCCAUGCAACAGAAACAUGCGGUGUAACGGAGCCUUUACAAUAAAUUAACCGUGACGUUUUUAAUCGCGGUUAAUAGUGAACCUCGGUAAUCGCUGCAUCCCUAGGAGUAUGACCCCUUUAAUAAACACAAGGCCUUCAUUCAUAUGCACUCAUUUCUCUUGACAUCAACAGAAGUGAUGUACUGCAAUAUAUUUGUUUGUAAUGAUCUGCUUUUUAAUGUAUUUAUGUUCCUUUUGUGUUUUUUCAUGACAGCUUUCAUUUAAAAACAAUACCAGCUCUGUGUAUGUCCACUGUUUGAACGCUCACUUAUUUUAGAAGAAUGAUAUAGCUCAAAACAUUUUUUCUCAAUUUAUUGCUGCAAAAAAGAGCAAAAUCUUGGAUAUUCUCAUUUAACCACUGUUAUAUAAUAGACAAGAGACACAGAGGAUAGAUAAAGAAUAUGAAAGAGAGACAGAGACAAUAUUUAUAUUCCAACACUCAUGAAAGGCCAAUUGUGUGUAAUAAUGACUGAUGAUUUUUCCAAUAAGCACUCAUGUAAUUUAUAGUUUUCCUAUGUAUUUUCAUAGUAAUGUCUUAUUGUAGACUUUUAUUUCAUUUUCUGAGGAUCAUCAGAAACAAUGUUAUAAGAAAUGUUAUACAGGGAUAAAUACUGGACUAUGCAUUAUUCAUAUGCAAAUUAUUCAU